UGUCAGUCUUUGGCAUUAACAGCAGCGGACACAGUCGGCACCAUGGAACUGAAGGAUUCUCUGGUUAAAGGCGGCGUGCUCAUUAACCACCAGAUCCAUGAAGGGAAGCAUCAGUAUGAAGUGGAAAAUGUGGUCAAGUACAGAAAAGCGAUUGGAAAGAAAGCGUUUGUCAGGAGAGGAGACAAACUGAUGCAGAUAAACGGCAUGGACCUGCAGGACGUCACACCUGAGGAGUUUGCACACUUGUUAGCUAAAGAAAAUCCGAUGCUGACGGUGCACAAGGCCAGCAAGAUGAAGGCACCCACUGAGCAGUCCUUCCCAGCCGAAGACACUUUACAUCCCGUCUCCAAAGAAUCCAUCACACUCAGCUUCAGGAUGGAGAUGAGGAGGGAGGAAGACUUGGAACGGGACGGAGGAGGGAAGGAGGACGGGCAGUUAGAGGUGGAUGGGUGCCCCGAGGAAAAUGAUCUGCUUGGAGAGGGGGGGGACCUGCUCAUUGUUUCCAUGACAAAGACCAGCAUCUCCGUGGUGAGGGGGCGGGGCUGUGACACCGGGAGCACCUGUAGUGGGUGUCACGGGACCGGAUGUACCUUUAAUGACGUUGUGGUGGUGUCUGAGUCCAGCGAGGUCAUGCUUGUUCCAAGAGGAGGAGGAAGUUUCCGACAUCUGAAGUCGUUGAACACUCCAAUACAACAUGCUGUCACUCACAAUUACCUGCAAGGUCUCUGUUCAGAGAGGACCAUCUACGCUUCAGAGAACCAAGAGGACAUGACCAUCUACGUGUACAAGUCAAUCGGCCCUACCAAAGGUCUGCCCGUGGUCAUAAACUUUACCAAGUCCAGCUGUUUCCUCAGGUGCUGCCAGGAGGGAGAGCGGGUGUUUCUACAGGUUGAGACGUGCGAUAAGCAGAGGCUGAAGAAUAUCUCCAGGAGCGACGAGACUGCCCUCUCCUUCGUCUUCUACAUGAAGAACGAACCGCCGAACCAGAAAAGGUUCGAGUCAGCGCUGUACGGCGGCUGGUUCAUCCAAAUAGCCAACGUAGACAAACCCCACAAAGUGGACAUAGCAACCCUGGAUGGGAAGACGGGAGAGGAAAGUUUCCUCUUCAUCAUUAAGCCUUAAUGGAGAACCACUUUCCUCAAACGUGAUCUCAGUUCUCAGACAAAUUUACCAUUUUAAAUUGUAAAUUUUAUUUAGUAUUCGAUAUUAAACAAAAGAAAAACACGAGAGGAGCUCUUGUCAAAUUCUGCUAUUGCAGAAGUACGUAGAUAUGUAUCAUACAACUCUAUCUAAAUAUAAAAAUGUUUUGUGUGUGUUCAAGCAGAUUUUUUUCAAGCAUUAAUGGAUGUAACUUUAUAACAAAACAUAUAUAAAAGUGACGACUUUAUUUAACACAUUUCAUUUUAACACUUUAAAACAUACAUAAUCAGGAGAUGUUAAAGAGCAGAAUUGGAAAUAGUAUCAACUGUAACCAUGAGUCUAAUGUACUAACACAAACAUUAAUCAAGGUUUGAAUGAUUAUAUAAUGUUAUAUGGUAUGAUAUUUUAUUUGACACUUUCGAGACUUACUGGAUAUUUUAUUAUAUUCAAAUAUCAAUAUGUAUAAAUGUAUUACUUCUAUUAGGGUUCUGUGAUCUUGAGUAUUUGUGUAUUUUAAGAACAGUGGUUAAGCACUGAUUUUUUAAAAUUAGAUUUCAGUAAAUAAGGUAUAUU